AUGAAUCAACCUCUUUCUCUCACUCAUCCCUCUCUGCUGCACCCCUUUCUUAUUGCGCUCUCCUGUUGUGCAGAUCUCCUCGUGCACGUGGGUGGUGGGGGGAGUAGCCGUGGGCACAUGGCGUGGGAAUGCACAGCAGGCGUCACUUGCAGCAUCUGCGGCCAGACGGGCCACCUUCAGCGCAACUGUCGCAACGUUUCCUGCCACAAAUGUGGUCGCAAGGGCCACAUUUCCAAAUUCUGCAGCGAUCCAUUUGCCAGGGCAGCAGAGGCUGAGCGCAUGGAGAGGCAGCAAGCAAUCAUGUCCGCGAGGGCGGCUCAAACUCAACGACACGUGGCCCGGCGAUCGGUCAUCCAUGCCUCGCCUCAUAUGCCUGGCAAGGGCAUGACCACAGCGUGGGAUGGGCUAGGCCGAUCCGUGCCCCAUACCCCUCCUGUCUUGAUUCUCAAAUCGCCCCCCGCUGCUAAAGUUGCUGCCAAGGGAGCCACUGCUGCGCCUUCAGGCCCCAGCUCCUCUCCUGCACUUCCUGCUUCUCGUUCUGGUGAUGCUGCUGGUGCUGCUGGUUCUGCCGGUGGUGGUGGUGUGAGUGCGGCAGCAGUUGGGGACAAGAGGAAGGUGGAUGAGUUGGAGGAUGGGGCGGGCGGUGGGCUAAAAGGGUUGCUGGCGUAUGGCUCAGAUGACAGUGACGGUGGCCAGGGCCUCCCAAUUAUGGAUGUGAAGCAAAAUAUUAUGUACCAGGUGAGGUGA